AUGGGCGCUCUAGAGGAGGCUCUUCCACACCUCAAGGCCGUGGUUGCUGGUUAUGCGCCACGUGACGUGUACAACAUGGACGAAACUGGUUUGUUCUACAGUAUGACGCCCGACAAAACGAUCGCCCAGCAAGAGACGCGCAUCACAGUUGCUCUCACGGCAAACGCUGAUGGAUCCGACAAACUCCCGCCGUUCUUCAUUGGACACGCUAAAAAGCCGCGGUGUUUUGAGCACAAGACAGCUGAGCGACUGGGCUUUCUCUACCGCAACAACAAGAAAGCCUGGAUGACUGGCAUACUCUUCCAGGAAUGGCUGGGAGACGUCGACAAAAGUAUGAAGCAAAAGGAUAGAAAAAUCCUGUUUCUCGUGGACAACGCUCCUUCACACAUUGUUGCUGACCUGGAACUCACCAACAUCACGGUCCAGGUUCUUCCUCCUAAUACGACUUCAAAGGUCCAACCCAUGGAUGCUGGGAUUAUUGCCGCAUUCAAGAGGCACUACCGCCGGCUGCAUCUGCAGAAUGCCUUGGACCGUGACGAGCGCGGAGAAACCAACCUUUACAAGGUUGAUCAGCUCACGGACAUGCGUUGGUCGCUGGCUGCGUGGAGCGAGAUUUCCAGUGCCACAAUUGCCAACUGCUUCCGUCAUACGGGACUCAUGGACGGUCCGGCUCUGCCGACUGGUGGGGGUGAAAACGAAGCCGGCACUGUUGGCCAGCAGGCCCAGCAGGAGGCAGCAGCUGCUGCAGUAGAGGAGCAGCGCGUGGAACAGGAUCUUGUUUCGGCGCUGGAAAGGCUCCCGCUCCGCAAUCCCAUGUCGAUCGCUUCUCUUCUCAAUCCGGCUGAGGAGGAGGAGACGGCGCAUGCGGAGCUGACCGAUGCCGAAAUCAUCAAGCUUGUUGAGGAUCCGUAUGGGGAGGAGGAAGGUGCUGCUGAGGCGGAGGAGGAGGUGGAAAAGCAUUCGAAGGCUGAAAAGCUUGCCAGCCUUAGUCUAUCCAUCGCCCUUCUCGACCUUUCUCAGGAGUCCCAUCGUAUAGCUCACCGGACCCUUCGCCAAGUCCAAGCUGAUCUCCGUAGUGCGAGCACCACUCAGGCCACACUUGAUUCCUGGCUGAAGUAG